AUGGCAACCGUUGCACCAUCGGAGCAGCGGACUGAGUUCUUCCAGCAGCUGAAACGGGUGUGUGUGCCUCUUAGCCAGCUGGCGCUGCGCCCCAAGGACAAAGCCGUCGACGCGAAGGAGGCCCUCAGGCUGCUGGAAGCUCUCAUCGGCCUUUGGACCGCCCAAGCGAGCAAGGAUGCGGCCAUCUUGGAUGACAAGCUGGCUGACUAUGUCUUCUUCCCGCUGUCACACCUCCUCCGGGACCGGGACCGCUAUCCCCUACGGGUUAUCGAAACCGUCAUCCGCCUGCUGCGAGAGCUCAUCCAACAUGGCUGGAAAGCUAAGGCGUCGCCCCAGCUUUUCCAGCAGCUCCUCGUCUUUCUCUCCUUUGUCAUUGGUGGUGUCUCCGGCCAGCCGAGGCGAGACAUGCCUGAGGAGACCCUGAUCGAGGGCUUCCGUACUCUUAGCGCUCUGAUUAACGUUGCAGAACCCUCUCAUUUGGCUGGAUCCGCAGACGCGGUCUCUGAGGGCAAAACGAUACCGGCUCUCGGCCACAGUGUGACGGUCAUGCUGGACGGGGUGACCGAGGGUGUGGCCGCUUCGAUUCAACUCGAAGCAGCCAAGUGUUUACGAUCCGUGUUCCUCACGAUUAAGGACAGAACGGUGCUCGCGCAGUUCUUGCCCGGCACCGUCUCGGCGCUCACUAAAACGCUGUCUCCGCCCAAGGCAAAGCAGACCCAAAAGAAGGUCCUUCUCAGCUGCCUAGACGUCCUUAAGUUAGUGCUCGUAAACCUACUGGGAGACAUCAAAGUCAGGCCCCUCCUGAAGAAAUUGGACAACUCGGCCGACGGAAAGGAGGAGGCACCGACGGGGCAGGAAGAUUCCGGUCCGCCAGGCGAGCUCACACCCGCUUGGCUGAAAGCGACUGCCGCCCAGGUCAAGAUCGCUCUGGCAGCAGUUCUUAAGCUGCGAGCCCACGAGUCCGAUGAGAUCCAGUCUGCGCUAUAUAGACUCUGCAUCGGCCUUCUCGAUGAAUGCCACGCGUCACUCGCCGGUUGCCAGUCUAUCCUGGUAGAAACGGCGAUGAUGCUGGAAGAUGAAAGCGCCACCAUGUCGCGGCUUGAGACCAGUCUUCAAGACCUCGCCGGCAUCUAUCCCGAACUAGGUGACAACAUCAAGUCAGUCUUGUACAAUUGGAUCACCAGCCUACCUCGGGUCAUGCAGUCCAGCGAUGAACGGGUCAAGGAGCUAGCCAUCCGGAGCAUUCUCAGGGGCAGCAAGCUGGCCGCAACCAUGCAGAUGGACUCGGCCACCCUCAAUGACGCCCUAGGAGACUCACUCAGGGACAGUAUCGUCGCCCUCGUCAAGGGUGCCAAGCCGCCAAAAAUCGUGGAUGAUGCUGGAGCCGAUCUCACGACGAGCAAUGAGUUAGCAAAGUCAGGUAUGGAGCUGGCAAACUACGCUCCUAUCCUCCUCGACUCAGAGAGCCAGAAGACGGCGAGGAGAGACAUUCGCGCCUUGAUAACCAGCGUCGGCUCUGCGGCCCAGCAAGUCGAGCUAGCCACGUCGAUGUUGAGCCAUAUCCGAGACUCCGAAGGGGUCGACCAAAUCGCUUCCUUCUGGCUGGCAUUCGAGCUCCUGAAGGCGACAUACGCGCAAGCUUCAGAGCUAGAUGACCUCCUCGAUCUGUCCUCGCUUGGAGAAUCCACGCACCAAGAAGAGGCCUUCCAGGAGCUUUACGACUUCUCGGCUUCAGUCCUGUCCGCCCACUCGGAUUCUGCCGAAGCGGACUGGCGGCUGGAAGCGAUUGCCCUCGAGGUUACGGCGUUUGCCGCGUCGCGUCUGAAGACGGACUUCCGGCCGGAGCUCAUUGACGUGCUCUACCCCGUAAGCACGUUCCUUGGCUCCCCAGUGCCGCAAUUGAGGAAACAUGCCAUCACGACUCUGAACAUUCUUGCCGCGUCUUGCGGUUACGAGAGCGUGUCCGACUUGAUCGUUGACAACGCCGACUACAUGGUCAACUCGGUAUCUCUACGGCUGAAUACGUUCGAUAUCUCGCCCGCAUCCACCAAGGUUCUCACCAUGGUGAUCCGGCUGACAGGGCCGCGGCUGGUCCCCUUCCUGGACGAUGUCGUUGCUGCCAUCUUUGCGGCGCUCGACAACUACCACGGGUAUCCAGUUUUCGUCGAGAGUUUGUUCUCGGUCCUGUCCGAGGUGGUUUCACAAGGCGCCAGAUCCGACAUGCUCCUCCUCGAGGAUUCCACCUCGAAAACCAUCGACCACAGAAAGAAACGCCCAUACAGCCUCGGAAUCCCAGGCAUCCUCCAAACCCUCGAUAAACGCCUCGAGCGAGCCGCGCGGACCCGCGAGGAAGCCGCAAUGCCGCCCGUCGCGCACCCGAAACAACCCUGGACCGACGCCAACAUCGACAGCGGCUCCCAGCCAGAAAACCAAGCCGCCUCCCUCCUCGACAAACUCACCAACCCCACCGCAGAGUCGAACUCCGACGACGCCGAAGAACCAAACCAGCCCGAAUCCCAAUCGCAAUCCCAAGCCCUCGAGCGAACCGACGACCCGAAACAAACACCAACCUACACCCUCCUCGCCCGCGUGCUCGCGCUGACGCAGCACCACCUCACCUCCCCCAGCCCAUCCCUGCGCAAGUCCCUCCUCGACCUGGUCGCCACGGCCAGCCCGGCCCUCGCGCCGGACGAGAACGCCUUCCUGCCCCUCGUGCACGUCGUCUGGCCCGUCGUCGUGGCCCGCCUGCGCGACCCGGAGCCGUACGUCGCCGUCGCGGCGUGCGGCGCGCUCGCCGCGCUGUGCAGGGCCGCCGGCGACUUCUUGGCUAGCCGGUUCAGGGCGGAGUGGUGGGAUGGUGGCGGUGGUGGCGGAGGGGGGCUGGCCGGAUGGGUGAGGAGGGUGAAGAGGGAGGCUGCUGAGGCGAGAGGGGCCGGCGGCGGGUUUGGGAAGAGGACGGGCGGCGCCAGGGUGGGGACUGGGAAGGGCGGGGAGGGUCAGGGGAUUCUUAUCCCUGUCAAGGGAGCAUUGGAGGGCGGGUUGGCUGAAGGAAAGCUGGUUCAGAGUUCGUCGUCGGGUGGCGGGGGAGGAGCGUUGGGGAGGUUUGCGCAGGCGUCGCUGGUGUGGGAAGCCGUGGUGGGGCUGCUGACGGCGGUCGUGUCGUUUGUGCGGUUGGAGGACGACAUGUUCGACGACAUUCUGGGCAUAGUGGUUGACGUGCUGCCGCGGCAUGCCGAGUUGAAGGAGGCCCUGGACACGGUCAAUGCUGAUGCCGUCUGGUUAGCCCUGUUUGAGCGGGGUAUGGUCCAGGGGAGGGAGGCUCCGGUCUCCCCAUCGCUCCGGUAG